GUCAGUGUGAGGAGAGGGACUCGGGGUGGAAACCUUGUGAAGCCGUCCUCUUCGCUACAUCAUCCGCUGUACCACCAUGUCCAAGCCGAAGUUUCAGACGGAGUGGGAGGAAAUUGACGAGGAAUAUCAACAAUUACAGGAAACACACAAAAUAUACAGGCAAAAACUUGAGGAGCUCACCAGCCUACAGGCAACAUGCAGCAGCUCCAUCAGUAAACAGAGGAAAUGCUUAAAGGACCUACGAUACAGCUUGACCAAGUGUGCAAAGUCAUGUGACGAGAAAGAACUGGAACUAAUAACUGACAUCAAGACACAAAUCAAAGAUAAAGAAAAUGUCUUCUUUGAUAUGGAAGCGUAUUUGCCAAAGAGAAAUGGGCUGUACCUGAAUUUGGUCCUGGGUAACGUGAACGUAACGCUUCUCAGCAACCAGGCAAAGUUUGCCUACAAAGACGAGUAUGAGAAGUUCAAGCUUUAUAUGACAAUAAUCCUGAUGUUUGGAGCAAUAACCUGCCUCUUCUUUCUCAACUGUCGGGUCACUGAUGAAAUCUUCAACUUUUUGCUGGUGUGGUACUACUGCACUUUGACCAUAAGGGAAAGCAUCCUAAUGAGCAAUGGCUCCAGGAUUAAAGGCUGGUGGGUGUCUCAUCAUUAUGUAUCCACCUUUCUGUCAGGUGUGAUGCUCACCUGGCCAGAGGGGCCCAUGUAUCAGAUGUUUAGAAGCCAGUUUCUUGCUUUCUCCAUAUAUCAAAGCUUUGUCCAGUUCCUCCAGUAUUACUACCAGAGCGGCUGCUUAUACAGGCUGCGAGCUCUGGGAGAGAGAAAUCAGCUGGACCUCACAGUGGAGGGAUUUCAGUCCUGGAUGUGGAGAGGCCUGACUUUUCUUUUGCCGUUCCUCUUUUUUGGCCACUUCUGGCAGCUGUACAACUCGGUGACCCUGUUUCGCUUGGCAAGACACGAGGACUGCAAGGAGUGGCAGGUAUUUAUGCUGGCGCUGACAUUUCUCGUCCUGUUCCUGGGAAAUUUCCUCACCACAUUAAAGGUCGUCCACCAGAAGGUUCAGAAAAACCAGGAUACGGUGCAAAAGAAUGAUUGAAACCAAAACUCAAGCAAGACACGUCAGAUUCUCACAAAAGGCCAGUAAUUUUGAAGCAACGCGCACAAUUGCUUGACAGGCUGACCGCAGUCCGAUCAGGCCGGGAGAAGACGAAGCUGAAACCUCUGUUUCUCUCAGGCUUUGACGGCAGCAGCAGCGUCCAGCCAAAGUAUCUGGCCAACAGGCUUCUGCUUUUCUAAUGACUUGUCGUCGAUGUUGCUGCGUAGUCGGUCGCAACACUAAGUGAUGUUCGCCUGACAGACGAACAGUUUGUCGCUUAACCCUGUACAUACCAACAUGUGUGGAAAGAAUGUGUGUUUUAUUGUGUCAAGUGCAUGAAUCUGUCAGAGAGCCUUUGUUCAAAUCAUAUGCAACUAAAAGGGGGCAGGUAGCAUUGUUUCAACAGAAUAUAGUUUGCCUUCGAAGACCUAAUGUCUGUCACGCACAUGCUUCAUACUUCUGUGAAGUAGUCAUGGUCAAACUGUCUCUGGGCUGAACACAGUUGUUCAAUGUGGCACUCUUCAUGAAUUCGCAAACUUUUUUUUUUAAUGUGUAGUUCUCAAUUCCUGUUGUGCUAUCUCACCACUAAACACAUUUUGUUAUUUACUUCAGAAACUGUAAAUGUUAUACUUGACUGCCCAAAAUGACCUUCGGUUUUCAAACCCCUCCUGAUGUAUUUUGUCCAUCUGGAGUCUGCUUCUCCCUUCAGGCAGCAGUCACAAAAGCCAUAACUGUUUUUGUAUGAGCUAACUGCUAAUCUUAUUAUGUGGCUAAGUCACAAGAACGCACACAAAAACUUGUACUGUCUCUGAAAAAACGGUUGUUCUUAUGCGAACUCCUUCCUAGUAGUAAGACUCUUAAUGUUUUCAUUAACAAAAUGCUACUGUGUCCAUAGGUUUAGUAUGUUUCACGUACACGUAAAGGUGCAAUAUGUAAGAACUGGCCAUUGUUUAAUUCAUAUUCCAAAGAAAUGGGGCGCAGCGUAUUAGCAAAGUAACUGCUAGUUAGCUCAGUUAGCUGUGCAGCUAGCGGUCGGAACUGGGAGCUCGGUUCACUGGAAGAGCAUUGGUGAUUACAUCACUGGCAGGGGAGCGUUGGACUGGGAUAUGUCGGGGCUAGCAGGCUAGCAUGCUAACUUCAUGAGAUCACUGCAACACUGUACAUGUCAAAAAGUCAAAACCUGUAACUUUCGACAAAAUAUUUAAAGGUGCACUAUGUAAGACUUUCAGAAACGUACUAAAACUAACAGCAAAACUUUAGGAAAUAUUGUUUUUUUAUACUGUCAGUGACUUGUAUGUAUUGUGUUGUGUUGAAGAGAUGUCUGCUGAAGUAAGCAUGCUAACAAGCUAGCAUUGGGCCUGAAAACCUCUUUCACCAAGCCGCCAAAGCUCCCGUGAUCGUGGCAUAAACCCCAACACUCCCCUGGUGGUCCAGCUAGCUGGAUGUCUAACUGAGCUAACAAGCUAACGGUACCUACAGUCCUGGCUGUAUAAAAAAGAAAACAGCUGGCAGUUACUCUGGUGAUAUGCUGCCUCAACUUGUUGGGAGUAUGAAUUCAAGGUGGCUGAUUGUUAUACAUUGCACUUUUAAAUUUGAUUUAAAAAUAAAAUUGCGUUUUAACACUUGAAGUCUACGCACAGAUUUUGCUCUAUAACCGGAAAAAAAACAACAUGCUUUUAGUUCCCUCUUGUUAUGUGAUGUUUUUAGAAAUGUAUUUUGAUCAAAUGCUGCUAUUAGCACCAGUACUGUAAGACUUUAAAAUACAGAGGGAUGACUGAAAAUGUGCUGGAUUAUUGUUUUUUUCUAAUAACAAUCAACAUAAGAAAUAUUUGUAUGAAUUAACUUAUGACCAGAUCUGGAGCCUCUGCCCUAGUUCACUGUCAUGUCGUCUGGUCACUGUGUCAUGUUUGUUCUGUGAUAUUACACAAGGGUCUUUUGUUUGUUUUGUUUUUUUUCAGCUAAAGGUCAGACGGGCUCAAACGAACAGCUGUAGUAGUGUCAGGUUCUCCAAUGCCUUAUUCUCCCUCCAGCCUGUCACAGCAAAGUAACAACAACAACAACAAAAAAAUGUCCAUCUCAUUUCAUCUGGAAAGUCAAAA